UGGAGGCAGUACUCGGAGUGUGUCAGGUCAGGUACCAUCACUAGUAGUUCUUUACAUCUGCACUAUCUCUUUUCCUCUUCUUGCAAGCAUUGGAUUGGAUUCUCAAAAGAAGAGGAGAAAACAGAAAGAAGAAGAAGAAAGAGCAGUGUGGAUUUUUAAUGGAGAAAGAGAUUUAUACAAGACAUCUAUCAAGAGAAGGGACAGGAUGUGUUUGGUUGUUUAUGAACAUGUUUGAUCUCAGGCAUGGUGGAUCUAACCAUAAGCUUUUGUUGGAUAGGAAACGUGGAAGCAAACGUAUCACAGGUACUGAGACUAAGGUAGAGAAGCAGCUUACCUGUGACUGUGACUGUGAGAAGAGUGUUAAGAAACUCAUUGAAGAGGAGAUUGAUGAGAAGACUCACCAAAAGUGUGAUACUACUGAAUGCAGAGGAAGGACAAAGGCAAGAAACAAGAAGAUGAGAAGUAGAACCUGCAGCAAAACCAAUGAGGACAUCAAUGCUUUGAUCACUGGUGAUGAUGAUCAUGCAGAGAAGAAACCAGAUGAUCAGUGUCCAAGAACUUCUCAGAGCGAUGCUGAUUCAAUAAAUGACGAUGAUUCCGAAGAGAAGUUCAGUGAGUUGAUAAAGCGUUUGAUAGCUCAGAAGGAAAGCGAGGUAGAGAGCUGCAAGAGCUUUGUGGAUGAUGAUUCUAAAGAAGAAUCAUUCCUAAACAUUGGUACUUCACCAGUUUCUCUAGAUUCUCAUAGAAUCAAAGAGACAAGCUCUCCAAAUGAAAGCAGACCACAAACAAUUGUAGUAUUGAAACCUGAGCCAAGUUGUUUUGAUCUUGUUUCAUCACCUGGAAGACAUGCUACAAGAAACAAGGCCAAGAACGAGAGAUUCGGUUCUCGCUUCACUCUCAGCAGAAUCAGAAGAAGACUAAAGUCUCCAAAGAGUCCAUGCGAUGCUCAACUUGAAUCUGAUCAAGAUCCAGAUGCAUUGUCAUCAUCUAACAUGAGUCAAAACUCUUGUUUGGGAGAGGAGAUAGAGACUAGCUCCGGGCGGCAUGAUGUUUCAGAUGGAGAAAUAUUGCCUGAAGCUAAUAAUGAUGAAGGUUCAAAGAAGAGUAUGUGUGGGAUAUACAUUGCAGCCAAGAAACACCUCUCUGAGAUGCUAGCAGAAGGAGGCAUAGAUGUUGGUUCACAUGAUAAGGAAGUGCCAAGAAUCCUAGGGAAGAUCCUUGCUCUCCCUCUGUUCUCCACACCAGAACACAGUCCAAGAAUGUCGACAAUGGCUCGUGAUGUUGUUGAACAUCAGAUAACCGAGAAACCGAAUAUUCAAGAAUGCAGUUCAGAAGAUUACUAUGAGACACUUGGAUUGGAUUCAAACAAACAUGAAGAAACAGCUUCUACAGCAGGUGUUUCAGACAAUGGGAAAGAUAAGUUUGAAACUCACCAAGAUUCAUAUGUUGAUGAAGAUAAGCUUGAAACUCAUGAUGAACAUAAGCACACACAACCCUUGGACAAGGAAACAUAUGAAGAGAAACAUUCACCUUGUUCACCACCAAGUUCUUCAGUAAAAAUGUCUGAGUGCCAAGACAAUGCCAAUGAUGUGCCAGGAAAAUCAAGUCCUGUGUCUGUGCUUGAGCCUUUCUUUACAGAUGAUGAAACAAGUUCAAGUACCUCAAGGUUCUCUGCAGUUGAAAUGAGGUUGAAACCUCUGUGCAUAAGAUUCGAAGAACCUGACUCUCCAAGACCAGAGAAAGACAACAAUGCCAAAACUAUAACUGAUGAUAAAGAAUUGGCACUUGCAUACAUUCAAGAAGUGGUGACAUCCUCAGAGUUAAACUGGGAAGAGCUUUUAGCCAGAUCUUUUUACUCAGAGCAGGUUCUUGAGCAGGCUCUAAUGGAUGACAUAGACUUCUGUUCUACAACCUUCUGCAGUGAUAAGAAACUGCUCUUUGACUGUAUCAAUGAAGUUCUUAUGAAGUUUUGUAGGCAUGGUCCUUGGAUCUCAUUAUCCAAACCAGCAGUCAGGUUUUGUGGUCCAGACAUGGAGAAUGCUGUUGAAGUGGUGCAAGAAGAGGUUUACUGGCAUCUCUUACCUUUGCCUUCUCCUCACACGAUGGACCAGAUAGUGCGCAAAGAUCUGGCUAGGACUGGAUGCUGGAUGGACCUCAGAUUCGAUAUCGGCUGCAUCUGUUCUCAAACUGGUGAAUUAAUUCUUGAAGAACUAUUGGAAGAGAUUAUCAGCACAUGCACAGACUUGUUCCAGUAAAAUAAAACAUCAAUGCAGUCACUACCAGAAAGAUACACAUGAUCAUCAAGAGGCUCCUUUGUUUACUAUGUAUAGUUUCACUUCCACUUCCAUGUACAAGCACUAGUUUUACUUAUUGUGCAGAUUACACACAGUCACAGCUUUUAAUACCCCCAAAGACUGUAAAACUUUUUUUUUUCUGUAGAGUUAUGUGUUCUGUUGUGAAUGUUAAGCUGUAUGUUGUUGUUAUAUGAGGAUGAAUAAGAUGAGGCUUGAACUUAAGUACCA